UCCCCGGAAGCUCUCGCGAACGCUGACUUGGAGAGAGCGGAAGUCGUCCCGCCGUUGCUCUCAGUUUCAAAUUGCUGCUGAGGCCUCAGGAUCUGCUUCUGCCACCCCUCCCCCAGCUCGGAGGCGAAGCGACUUGUGGCGUGGCCGUAAGUUUGCUUACUGAAGAAUCUUCACUGCCAAAAUGACAUCACAUUCCAGUUCUGCCCAGUGUUCGACAUCUGACAACACUUGCAGAAUCUCUUCAGAAAGAAUCAGUCAGCAGGUACGACCAAAACUACCACUUCUGAAGAUUUUACAGGCAGCAGGUGCUCAAGGAGAAGUAUUCACCAUGAAGGAGGUAAUGCACUAUCUAGGCCAGUAUAUAAUGGUGAAGCAGCUCUAUGAUCAACAGGAGCAACAUAUGGUAUAUUGUGGUGGAGAUCUUUUGGGAGAUCUGCUUGGACGUCAGAGUUUUUCUGUGAAAGAUCCAAGCCCUCUUUAUGAUAUGUUGAGAAAGAAUCUUGUCACAUCAGCCCCUGUUAACACAGAUGCUGCUCAGACUCUCGCUCUCGCACAGGAUCACAGUAUGGAUAUUCCAAGUCAAGACCGACUGAAGCACAGUGCAACAGAGUGCUCCAGUUCCAGAAGAAGAACUGAGGAAGAUGAUGCUCUUACACUGCCUACCUCACAGCAUAAAUGCAGAGAUUCUAGAGGAGAUAAAGACUUAAUAGAACAUUUAACUCAAGAUGAGACAUCUAGGCUGGACCUUGACUUUGAGGAGUGGGAUGUUGCUGGCCUGCCAUGGUGGUUUUUGGGGAACUUGAGAAACAACUAUAUACCUAGAAGUAAUGGCUCGACAGAUUUACAGACAAAUCAGGAUAUAGGUACUGCCAUUGUUUCAGACACUACGGAUGAUCUGUGGUUUUUAAAUGAGUCAGUGUCAGAGCAAUUAGGUGUUGGAAUAAAAGUUGAAGCUGCUAGUUCUGAGCAAGCAAGUGAAGUAGGGAAAGCAAGUGACAAAAAGAUGGCUGAAGUGGGAAAAGAUGAUGAUGCUGAGGACCUCAAGUCCUUGAGUGAUGAUACCGAUGUGGAGCUUACCUCUGAGGAUGAGUGGCAGUGUACGGAGUGCAAGAAGUUUAAUUCUCCAAGCAAGAGAUACUGUUUUCGUUGCUGGGCCUUGAGGAAGGAUUGGUAUUCGGAUUGUUCUAAAUUAACUCAUUCUCUCUCCACAUCUAAUAUCACUGCCAUACAUGAAAAGAAAGAUAAUGAAGGAAUUGAUGUCCCUGAUUGUCGGAGAACCAUCUCAGCUCCAGUUGUUAGGCCGAAAGAUACAUAUUUAAAGGAAGAAAAUGCCAAGUUUGACCCUUGUAACUCAGUGAAAUUUUUGGAUUUGGCUCAUAGUUCUGAAAGCCAAGAGACCAUCUCAAGCAUGAGAGAACAAGCAGAUAUCCUUUCCGAACAGAAAAUAGAUACAGAAAGUAUGGAAGAUUAUCACAAUAUUUUGAAACUGUGUAGUUUAUGUGAAAAAAGGCCUCGGGAUGGAAAUAUUAUUCAUGGGAGGACGAGCCAUCUAACGACUUGUUUCCAAUGUGCCAGAAGAUUAAAGAAGACUGGGGCUUCAUGUCCUUCCUGUAAGAAACAGAUUCAAUUGGUUAUUAAAGUUUUUAUAGCAUAGCCGAGUCAGUUGCAGAGAAAUAUUAGGAUCAGGUCAUUUCUCAAAAAUCAGUAUUGUUGGAGGCAGGAGCAGAAGAUCACCUAAUUUGAUGGCAGUCUGGGCCAUAUGAGACCUUGUUUUUAAAAAAAUCAGUAUUGAGCAUCUUUUAUGAGUGUGACCCAUUGUGUGUGUUUAUUUAUAUAAGCAUCUGUGGCAUUUUAGAAGAUCAGUUUGAGGGUUUCAUUAACAUAAGGAGAUACAUAAAUCGCUUUGUUCUCCUUCCAGAUCUUAACUCUGAGAAGGAAUAAUACCAAUAGAAAUAUAACAAUGCAUUCUUAUGUUCACUUGCCAAAUUAAUGCAGUUAGUUUAUUUUAUUCUCUACCCUGCUGUUAUGUAAUGUUCUGGGGCAUCAAAAUCUAAGGUAGUUACUAGAAAAAUACUAGGGCCAGCACCGAAGAAACAAAUCUGAUUAGUUACUUACUAUGUAGUUACUUACUAUGUAUUAGUUGAAGGAUGACUUCAACUCCUGAUCACCCUGUCUCUCCCAUCUCCUUGCUAUGCAUACAGUCUGUCCUACCAUGCCCAGGUGAAAUCUCUCAGCUUUAGAUCAUCUCUGCACAGCAAAAAGAAGGUACAAACUUUGUAGCCAACACUUUGUCUCCUGGAAACUGGCUAGGUGUUUUUGUACUGUUCCUCUAGAAUUGUUUACACUUUGACGUAAUGGCUUAUGAUAAGGUUUGAACAAGUGGAGAGAAGAGGGAGCAUAGCAUCCGUGAAAAGGGAGGGAAACAAAUUGAUCUUUAAUUCUGCUUAGUCGUUUUAGACCAUAUCAAUAUAAUAGCAAUAUACAAACCAAAGAUCUUCAAACUGAAGCCCUUGUACCUAUCUAUGUCUGCUGAAACCAUGGGGGAUGUUGGUGUUUCCCCAGGGAUAUGAACAUAUCUUUUUAAAGACCCAAGUCUCUACUACUAUUGAACUUGGGGGACAUUAGCUGUCCCAGCCUUUCUUUCCUAUAUCUUCUGCUGUCAGAAAUGGGGAGAUACAUGGUAUCCAAUCCCAUGAUGUCCCUUCUGGACCAGGACCAUUGGGACUUCUAUAAUUAUUGCUAAGGGGAGGUAUGUUAGCAUGUGUAUUUUGCAUUGACCUUAUGUUCCCUUCUACCCCACUGCUCUACCAGUAGUCGGACUCCACCAAAUGCCCAUUGGAUUAGUUGUAGUAGUUACUUUUGGGGGGGGCGGGGGCUGUUUUUCAAGACAGGGUUUCUCUGUGUAACAGUCCCAGCUGUGCUGGUACUAGCUCUGUAGACUAGGCUGGCCUGGAACUCAGGAAUCUGCUUUUCCCCUCUGAAUGCUGCGAUUAAAAGUGUGUGCCACCACCGCUGGCCAUAGUUAUUCUUCAGUUGCUGUGACAACACCAUGACCAAGGCAAAGUAUAAAAGCAUUUAAUUGGGCUUGUCUUUUGAGAGGGUUAGAAUCCAUAAUGGCAGAACAGCUGAGAGAAAGUAGGAGGCAGAGAAAGAACCCUGGAAAACCCCAAAACUUGCUCCCAGUUUCAUACUUAUUCCAACAGUUCCACCACCUGAGGGACAAGUAUUCAAACAUGAGUAUAUGGUAGCCAUUCUCAUGUAAACCUCCACAUUCCACUCCCUAUCCCCUAUAGACUUUGGCCAUAUUAUAAUCAACAUUUCUCAUAGUCUUUUAGUUUUGACAUAACUUAAAAGUCAAGUCAGAGUCUUUGAAACCAAAAUCAAAAGAGCAAAGUAUAUUCUUCUAACACACAAUGGGACAGAAUAUACAUCACCAUCCUAAAAAGUUGUAUUCUGGGUAGAGUGAGGAAAUAUGAACCAAAGCAAGACUGAAACUCAGUAGAGCAGAUUCCAAACCCUGUAACUCCAUCCAUGUCUUGAUGUCAGAGAGCUUAGCUAAAGCCACCCUUCUUGCUUUGCUGACUCAACAUACUUCCUCUGACUCCAUGUCUUGUGUGCAACUCUCCUUGGCAGAUACCACAUGGCUCUGAUACCUCCACAUAUACAGUCUCCUCAGUGGUGUUCCUUAACUGUGGAGGAAGAGUCCUCAACUCCUUUACUUCUGUAUCCUUCAUGACUCGAAAGCCAGAUGACACUGCCAAGUUCUGCUGCCUGCUUAGGAGGAACCUGGCUUCUUUGAGUCACAUUUGCUGUGAUUUUUCUUUGUUGUUACUUUUUAGGAGCUGGAAAUUCCUUGGGCCUUUUCCUUUCACAAGUUGGAAGCUCAGGUGGGUGGGAUUUUAUCCUGAGGGCAUUUUUCCAUUUCAGAUCAGGACUCUCCUUAAUCUCUACCUCUAUGAGCGCAAGCCUUGGUUCCCAACAUUAACUUCCCUGCUGUUCUUUCCUUGAAGCUAUGUCUGUUAUAGUUUCUCUGCCCCAUAUGCAUAACAACAGUUAAUAAUAACUGUGCUCCAGAGUCAGCAUUUGGCUAUUUGGAAGUCUCCUGUCAAAGGAAUUAAUCUAUUCCUUUUCACUUUAGGGUUAAGCAGAUUCUUAGGACAUGGGCAGAAGAAGGUAGCCACUUUCUUUACCAAGACUUCCCAAGAAUAGUCUUUAUCCUAGUUGCUAAUAUUGUUAUCCUCUGAAACCUCUUGAACUAGGCUUCCACAGAUCUUGGCACUACUAUCUUCCAGGCUUUAACCACUUUCUUAGUCCAAAAUUCCAGUUUUUCACAUUUCUCCAAAAAAAAAAACAACCCAAAAAACAAAAACAAACAAACAAAAAAAACAACAAUGGUCAAGUCUUUCACAGCAAUGGCCCACUUCCUGGUACCAUCUGGUUGGUAUCUUGGCUACUCUUUAGUUGCAGUGACAAAACACUCCAAACCAAAGCAGAGUUUAGAAGAAAGCAUUUUACUGGGUUUAUGGUUUCAGAGGGUGCAUUCAUAAUUUCUGGAACAGCUGAGAGCUUCACAUCUUGAUCUGUAAGUAGGAGGCAGAGAGAGAACCCCAGGAAUGGCAUGGACUUUUGAAACCCUAAAGCCUUCACCUGUAACACAACUCUCCCAACAAGGCCACAUCUCCUAAUCCUUCCCAAAUAUUCAAACAUGAGCUUGUGUGGGCCAUUCUCACUCAGAUCACCAGUUCCCAAAGGCGCUCUUUCCUAGCCAUAUCUUGUCAUUGUUCCUAGUUGAUAAUUUGACUAAUUGUAGCAAACUUAAGUAGGAUUUGCCUUUUCUCAGUGGUCAAGUCAUUGCUAUUACAGAUCUCCUGCAGCUCCUGUUUGGCUUGAUGUGCAGCCUCGUUGAGAGACUGAUAACAGACAUCUUUAUCCACAUCUUGAUGGCAGUGAGAAUAACAAAGUAGCAUAGAGGUUACCACAGAUGUCAUCAAUCACAACCCCUGCUUCAGAACAGUCUGUGAUGCAUCCAGCCCUGGACUCCAGUCAUUUCCUAGCCAGGACAUGGACCUCCUUCUGAGUGGAAUUGGGUCUUUAGGAUUUUCAGUUCCAAGCACUAUAUUCAAAACAGAUUGUGUUAAAGUAAGUCGUUUUACUUCAUCCCAAUGUUCCUCUUAAUUUUUGGGGCAGGGUCUUGCCCUUCAGCUAUGACUGCCCUGGGCUUCAUCCUGCUUCUCAGGCUGCUUCAACCUUGCAGUGAUCUUCCUGCUUUUGCCCCUCGAGUGUUGGGAUUAUUGGCAUGUGCUGGUUAAAUUUCUUAACUUUGGUUGUCAUUUAUGUUAGUAUUUGUGACCAUGCUAUCUUAGACAGAAGUGCAGAACAGAGAUGACAGAUUAUUAGUGUGUUCCUUACACAGGACUUCAUGACUGUUGGUAUGCUUCUGAGACCAGUAGUUAAAGUGACUCCCUAGACUUGCUUGGGAACAGUUUCCUGUUUGUUUGGAGAUGUUCUUUCUGUUGACAGCUCUGCAUUGCCUGCUUGCUGUUAACUCUGUGCUUCCUUUAGAGGAGCUGCCAGCCUUCCUCUCCUGCGGGAGAAUGUCUUGUAGGCAUUUGGAGAUUCUUUGAUGUAAUAAAUGUGCAAUCCCAAGUAAUGCCAUUUUUGGUGAAUGUGGCAUUGGUAAAGAAGUUCAGACUAGAAGUUCAGACCAAGCCUGCAAAAAGGUGUUAUUGCCUCCCUGGCCCAUCUAGGAUGUCGUAAAUUUCCCAGUGAAGGUUGGAACUGGUAGAUUGGAGCAGCCAGGCCAGCCUCCUAACUGCCACAGAAUUGUGUAAUAGCACAGUUUGCUGCCAAGCAUUUGUGAUUGUGUGAUAUAUAUUAAUUGUUUGUGUAUAUGUAGGUGUAUGUGAUACUUUGCAUGGUUUGAAAGAAUUUAUUCUGAAAGCCAGGAUCACUUGUAACAUUUAUGUGUCAGUUCAAUGUAAUAGUUCCCUUGAAAAGUUACAAUUGAGAAAUUGGUGAAUGUUCCCAGUUCCUUAAUGUUACCUGUUUGUUUUUUUCCUGUUCCCAUGUUGUUCUGUGAAAUUCAGAAGUACAUGGCUUUAGAUACUGUGACUGUUAUUUUAUUUUAGCCUAAAUUGUUGUUUCAGUCUAAAGAUAAUUUUCUGAUGCCUCCAACCAUUCGUGUAUGGGCACACUAUCUAGAUUGAUGCUACCUUUGCUAAAAAUCUUUAGAUAAAGAAUUAGCUGUUUAGAGUCUUCACUUCAAAGACAAACCUGGAAGCUGCCCUCUGUGCCAAAAGUAAAGUGUGCAAUGUUUACAGGUGGGUGGAAGUUUGCACUGCCAUAGGGAAUGGUGAGGUUAUGUCACCAGAUCCCUUAGAUUUAUGAGCAGAUAAUUGCAGUUAAGCUUACAGAGGAACUGUUGAGCCAUCCCUCUAGGGCUAAACUGGAAAUGAGCAUCUGAGACCAGUCGUUAAAGUGAUUCCCUAGACUUGCUUGGGAACAGUUUCCUGUUUGUUUGGAGAUGUUCUUUCUGUUGACAGCUCUGCAUUGUCUGCAGUUAACUCUGCUUCCUUUAAAGGAGCUGCCAGCCUUCCUCUCCUGUGGGAGAAUGUCUUGUAGGCAUUUUGAGAUCCUUUGAUGUAAUAAAUGUGCAAUCCCAAGUAAUGCCAUUUUUGGUGAAUGUGGCAUUGGUAAAGAAAUUCUAUAAAUUAUAUCUGAUCUUCCUGUAAUAGUGCCCCCCCCCCUUUUUUUUUGAAGAGACAGAGUCUCUCUGUGUAGCCCUUGGUUGACCUAGAACUUGCAUUGUAGACCAGGCUGUCCUCACAUGCACAGAGAUCUGCUUGUCUCUGCCUUCUGAGUGCUAGACCUAAAGGCAUCUGCCACCAUACCCAUCCUCAGUAGCCUUUUGAAUGACUGAUGUUACAGAAACCGACCUUACAUCAUGGUGCUGCUUUCCCUGCUUCUUUGUGUUUGCAUAGGAGCCUCUAGUCCCUUCUAGGAGUACAGCAGUCAGUAGAACUCCCCAUUUCCUGAGAUGGAGGAGUCAGAGAUAAGCUAAAAGGCAAUUGGUGCUAGCUACCAGGACAGUUCCUUGAGUGAUUUUAGAGUUUGGCAGGUACUUUACUGAAGAGCAACAUUGUGUUGUGACACUUGAGGGACAAUCUGAGCUUGUGUUACCCAAAGGCACUUUGUAUUUCUAAACAGCAAGUACUUGGAUGUGUAUAGACAUUGUCCCUCCCUCCCGCCCUUACUUUUACGCUCUCCUAGUUCGAAGUUAGCUUCAUUUGGAUGUUACUUUUAUGCCAGAGGCCAUCUGUCACUCUGGACAGUUAGAACUGCAUUGUACUUAUAGAUGAUCCUUUUUCAGCCAGUCCUGAGCAAUGUUGUGUUUGCAGAGGACCAUGAGCUUGGGAGGGAGGAGGGAGGAGGGAGGCUGUGAAGUCAGAGCUUCCUUUGUGUGUGUGAUGGGGUGCAGAUUAGUUCACAUUUUAUUUGUCUGAGCACUGAGGAAUUUAUGCCCACUUGUUUUCUCCAUAGUGUUCACUCCCUUUCAGUAAGACUGCUACCCCACCCCUUUAAAAUAACAGUAGAAAAUGCAAUGUGCUUGGCCUUCUCAGCAUUUGGCACAGUAUAAGUUUCUCAGUCAGCAUCUGAACAAGACUGACUGUGUCUUGCUGUGAACUGGUACCUCUUGGAUAAAGAAAGAUGAACCCAGCAGCUUGUAGCAUAGUCUGAAAGUUGUAAGCUUCAGCUUUUCUCACUUGUAAAACCAACAUACACACCCACCCCUUUCUACCUCAGUUUGUUGUGGAGAUUAUAGGGAGCAACUCUUAAGAACUUACUGCCUUGAAGAAGAUGGAAGAAGCUAGUAGUCUUGGUUGACUACUCUGAGGUUUAAAAUGAAAAUCCCUCAUGUUCUAGAAGCAAGUGCAGUUCUUCUUGCUGCCUGCUUAGCAGAGUCUGUGGUGCUUGCUGUAAGUCUUCUGCCCACAUGCCUAACCUUCCCUUGACACUAAGCUCUUGGUUAGGAAGCAUUGUCUGCAGAUGCUUUGAGAAAUGUGUGUGAGUUUGGAUAGUACAUUCUAUCCUGAUGGAACUUCCUUGCUGUGGCCUUGCUGUAUAGGAAUUCUAUCUGCAUGCACUUGAGUAGGUGCCAUAGGAUGCUCUGCUGGUGUGCAGAAAUGGGCAUUUCUGCAUCCCAGUCGGGUAGUCGCCAGUAGCAAAUGAGGGUAAUAAACUGAGAAGAGUGGCAGCUUACUAACAAGGCCAGAGGGAACUGUGUCCGUGUAUAACUUUUUACAGUACCCUGUACCUGAGUGUUUGCACUAUGUAAUGCUUCCAUGAGCUUUUAUUUGUGUUUUCUGUGAUUAAACGGUUUUCAUUUCA